AUGGAUCUCGAUCAUGACCACCAAAUUUGGCAAACCGGCUGCCAUGAACCUCUCCAGCUUCACCCCCCACUAAAACAGUCUCUCACAUCUCCAUCUCUGGACUCUCCUUCUUUUUCAUCGACCGCCUUCGACGCCGCAACGCCGAAGCCGGGAUAUCCGGGAGCAUUAUCCCUGCACCACUACCGGAGGUUUCUUACGCAGGAUGACGGCUUCAUCGCCCUCAAUCGCAACGGAGGGAAGACCCUACGGCGUAAAAACGCAGCCCUGGAUCUGAACAAAAGCCAAACGAGCUUGACGCCUCCAUUGUGUUCGUUUUCAGUAUCGUCUGCGGCGUCAAGCCCGCCUCCGCUGUCUCCGUCAUAUACGCCCAGUCCUGUCUCCUACCGAGGUGAGAAUGGGCCUGGGCUUGACGAAUCACUCCUUUCCUUCCCAUCCAGUUUCUUAGAUAUCAACACUUCAGAGCAAACGCUCCGUCCGAGUCCCGUGCAUAGUCCGCAUCAAUUGCUGGAGACUUUCCGAGCUAGGCUCGCCCGGUUCCCUGAGCCAGAGUCACAGGAGCAAACAUUCACUCCCAGACAUACCAAAGCACGCUCGGAUUCGAUGCUGCUGGAACUGCGACGCCCAACCGCCACAGUCGAGCAUCAGGGGACCUCGUUCGAAAUACUUAAUCCGCAUGAAUCGUUGAAAUUCGCCCGCAUAGUCUCAUACAUUGAAGACGUCGAUAAUUCGUCCAUCAUAGACGACCAGCGGGACUCGUUCAACGCAACACGGCCUCAGGGCGAGACCUUGAUCUUGGAGCACGACGAGACCGUUCAAGCAAAUCAUGACCACAACCAGGCUCACGACCUUUACAUCUCCGACGCUGACGAAGAAAAAGCCCACUACGAACUCAUCGGUGACAUACCGUAUCAUCCUAUGCCGUCCAUCUCCGAACGAUUAGAGGGAAAUGAGACCGAUAUCCCGCAAUCUCACAAGUGGAGCUCGCCUCCGCAGUCCAGGCCGAUGACAGCGCAAUCAUACGGAAGUGAACUUGGGGAGCCGGGGUAUUCGGUUCUAGCCUCCUACGACGGGGCAGGAUGGACGAGCACCACGGACGAUAUUAUCGCGAUGAAGUAUGACGAGAUGCAGCGGAGCGAACCGACCGAGAGGUCUUCAUCACAUCGGAAGAAGCGCGGGAAGCGCAAUCCGUUUAGAAAGUUACGCAGCUUUGCGCGUUCCCUACGGAGGGGCCGGUUCUUUCGAUGA